UUCGUUGCGCAUCACAAUCCUUCUAACGGUAAAGAUUCAUUCUGCGGUCGCGGAUCCAACAUUCACCUUCGGACCAUCAACGAUUUCGGGGCACGCGCGAUCGGUGCAAAGUGCGUAUUAACAAUUUUAUCUGAUUUGUGAUAAUCGAAUGCGGCGUUAUAAAUAAAUCGAAGUAGCCAGUCGCACGAGUGCGUCGAACGAGUUUGGAAGGAUGACCGCAUUGAUAAAAGACUUUCCGCCGGGUCCGUUGGACGAGUACAGGAAGAAGGCCUCGUUCGAUUGGAAAAAGUUAAGACUGUUUCUGGAGACCGAGGAUGUUAUUAAAUAUCAGAAUGCUCUAUAUGAAGAACUACUUAAAUACCCAGAAUACCACAAAAACUUACUCACUCCCACUUUUGAUGAAGAACGUCACAUUGCCUCUAGACAAUCCUUCAUCCACAAGGCUAACGAACUGUUAUCCCUGGAACACACCAUUCAAAACCUAAGAUAUCCCAGCGCCAGUUUGAGAAUCAUGAUACAACUCGCCCCGUCAGCGACCGUGAAACACAGCAUGGGAAGUAUGCUAUUCUCCUCUGUGCUAAGAAGUAUGGGAACUGAAAGACAUUAUGACCUCAUCAGUGCCACGGAAGACGGAGAAAUUUAUGGUUGUUAUUGUAUGACUGAAAUCGGCCAUGGCACCAACACCAAGGGAAUGCGCACAACUGCAACCUACGACAAGGCCAAAGGGCAAUUUAUUUUGCACACGCCCGAUUUCGAAGCCACCAAAUGUUGGGCUGGAAGUUUAGGUCAAACAGCUUCUUACGCCAUAGUUUUCGCCCAACUGAUCGUCGAUAACAUUCCCAGAGGUCUUCAUGCGUUUUGCGUUCAAAUAAGAGACACCAAAACUCUUCUCCCACUCCCGGGCAUCACAGUAGGCGACAUGGGGGAGAAAAUCGGUCUCAACGGAAUUGAUAAUGGUUUUUUAGCAUUUAAUCAAUAUUUAGUUCCAAGAGAAAGCCUCUUAAAUAAAGUUGGUGAUGUAAACGAAAAAGGAGAAUACGUUACCCCAAUUAAAGAUCCAAACAAGAGGCACGGUGCGUCACUUGGAGCGCUUUCAGCUGGUCGUGUCAGCAUCACCACAAUCUGCGAGAGCUUGGGAGUUAAAGCUCUCACAAUUGCUCUGCGUUACGCUGCUGUAAGGAAGCAGUUUGGACCUGAAGGUCAACCGGAAAUUUCCCUUAUUGAGUAUGAGACACAUCAACAUCGACUUCUCCCGUAUUUGUCUGCCGCUUACGUUCUCAGAGUUUUUGGAACGUUACUCACUGAAACCUACUAUCAGCUACAACUGGACAUUUUGUUGAACAACAAAAAAGAUGUGGCAGAUUUGGGAAUGGAGAUACACGCUGUGUCAUCGGCGUCCAAACCCAUCGCUGGAUGGACCAUGAGGGACGCCAUUCAAGAGUGCAGAGAAUGCUGUGGAGGUCACGGAUUCCUGAAAAUUGCAGGAAUAGGAGACAUUCGAAACGAUCAUGAUGCCAAUCUUACUUACGAAGGUGAAAAUCACGUGCUGAUCCAACAAACCACCAACUGGUUAUUGAAAUUCCUGCCGGCCAUCGAAAACAAAGAAAAAAUUACCACACCAAUGGGAUCUGCCGACUUCCUCACAAAUUAUUAUGACAUUUUGAACAAUGCGAAGUUUGACGCACGCACUUUCGAAGAGGUGUCGACCCCACAAAAUAUCUUCAAGGCAUAUCACUGGUUGAUCUGCUACUUGUUGAAGAGAACCGCAAUGAAACUGGACCAGAACAAAAAACGAGGACUUGACGAGUUCACCGCGAAGAGCAACAGCCAAGUGUACAACGGAAAACAACUCGCCAUCGCUUUCAUUCAGAACUUCAUGUUGAAAGUUUACUUCGACGAAAUCCAAAAAUGCGAAGACUUGGCCAUGAAGCAGAGUCUCCUCAACAUGUUCUCCUUGUACGGAUUGUGGAGUUUGGAGAAGCACCUGCCGGUGUUGUACCAAGGAGGAUUUUGCAGCGGCGAAGCCCCGACCACCUUAAUUCAGGAAUCAGUUUUGGUGCUGUGCAAAUCUUUGAAGAAUGACGCUAUUGCUUUGAUCGACGCAAUUGCGCCGCCCGAUUUUAUUUUGAACUCUGUGUUGGGAGCCUCUGAUGGACAGGUGUACCAUCAUUUGAGGUCGGCGAUUGUACGUUCACCCUACGCCUUGAGCAGACCGAAAUGGUGGCAGGAUAUUACUAAUUGGAAGAAGAAUGUUCUUGCGAAAUUGUAAAUCAAUAUAUAUGUUUCAAUAUCAUUUUAGUUUUUUUUAUAUGGUGCUGUAUACUUAUUAUUUUUCCUAGUCAGUUAUAAUAGGUCCUUCUAUUCAUGUAUUUGCUUUGUGUUCUAACCAAAUUGUAUUACUUUGUUGUAUGAUGUUAAUUAAAUACAAUUUUUUA